CAGCCGAUCACUGACAGUUUGUUUUGUUUCAUUCCAUUUGAGAAUGUGAAUUGUGAUUAAUUUAAUUUCGAAAUAUGUCUCUUCGAAAAGUACUAUUUUUAACAAAAGCAGUGUGUUGCGGAAGUACUAAGUAUCAAACAACGAAUAUAUGUCGGCAGAACUUGUGGUUGAUAUCAGCUGGUUCCACGAGAUUUUAUUCUGCCGAUAACUUAGGUAAUAAGAACAAAGAAGACAAAGAUCCUGAAAAAGUUGAUAUACUCGGCCGUUUCUUUCCACAAAAUAAUUUAAAUACCAAAGAUGCUCAAGAAGUCAAGAAAGAACAAGAGAAAUUUGAAAAGGAACAGAAAGAGAAGUCAGAAGAAAAUGAGAAAAGCUGGAGAAGAAUGAAAAUUGGUUUUGCAGCAUUUGGUGGUGCAUUGACAGUAAUGGGCGGGUGUAUGGUUGUUGAGAUGGGUGCUCCCAAGAGAGGCGAUGAUGGUGAACCGCUCACCGAUGAGUUCUCACACUUACCCAUUGUGUGGCAGUACCUCAGACGUACAUGGAAAGAACUUACUUUUUACGAAAAGAUGAUAAAAGAGCCUUCUCGUGAGAAGCUGCUGCCAGAUCCCUUACCACCUCCAUAUCAGCCCACCUAUACACUUGUGCUUGAAUUCACUGAUGUAUUAGUUCAUCCCGAUUGGUCAUAUCAGACUGGAUGGAGAUUCAAGAAACGUCCAGGCGUUGACCAAUUCCUGCAAACUGUUUCAAAUUCGGACUAUGAAGUGGUUAUAUUCACGUCGGAGAAUGUGUUCAUGAUAUGGCCGGUGUUGGACAAACUUGAUCCAGAAAAUAAACUUAUUUCAUACAGACUGUUCAGGGACUCCACACAUUUCAUAGAUGGCGUGCAUGUUAAGAACUUGGAGGGGUUAAAUAGGGACUUGUCAAAGGUUAUAGUAGUAGAUUGGAACAAGCAAGCUACAAAGUUCCAGCCGGAGAAUGCACUCAUCCUACAGAAGUGGAAGGGUGCUGACGAUGACACUGCACUUUUGGAUCUAGCUAACUUACUGCAAACGAUAGCCAUGUCGAACGUGUCGGACGUGCGCGAGGUGCUCACGUACUACGGGCAGUUCGAGGACCCGAUAGCGGCGUUCCGCGACAACCAGCGCAAGCUGCUGGAGCAGAUGGAGGCCGAGCGCCGCGAGCGCGACGCCGCGCCCGCCAGCCCGCUCGCCGGCAACUGGCUGAGGACCUUCACCAGGCGUUAAACGAAGUUGCGCGUCUUUGCUUGCAGUAGAAAAGCUAUUCAACGGAGUUAAAAUGUCACCUUACUAUUGGAUGACGACAGGCUGUAAUAACAUUAAUCAGACAAUCUCAACCCCCCUUUAAUUUUGAUGUUUGAAUGCUUUAUUUCAGAAAUAUUUA